UGAUUUCCUUUUCUCAAUCAUAUCAUACGCAUACAUAACCUAAAAGUCGGAAGCGGACAUUUUUGUGUUCAUAACGUGAACGUGAUUCUGAAGUUAUUUUCAAAUGAUAAUACAUUUUUAUUUAACAGUGGAGUUAAAGUUCAGUUUAUAAAAGGUUUCCUUAUGUUUAUCAAAUCUCCGUUCAAAGAACAUACUUAUUUGUAGGAGAAGCCGACAUUUUUUAUCAUUAUUUGUUCGUUAUCUUGAAACGUUGAAAGAGAUAAGCCGCAUUGAAUAAUUUCCGUCCAAAGUAAAGUUCUAUGCAUUAAUAUUCAAUAUGAUUGAAUAUGUACAACUUUAAGAAGAGUAGUGCAUUUUUCUAUUUUUCUCUUGAAGUUGCAGAGUUUUGAAAAACGUGUACCCCUUGUUGAGCACGUGAGCUGAUUAUAUUUCAUUUCCAAUCUCACAUAAUAUUUUCACCCAUUAUCCAGGCGUAUACAGUGAUGGAUCGUUUGGGAAGAGCAGUUCUCCAAAGCACUAAUUUUCUGAAGCUUCAAAAUAAAAAUUUACGGCAACCAGUUCGUUAUUUGAAUCUUUUGGAGUGUGACAGUAAGUCACUACUGAAGAAAUAUGGUGUGUGUGUUCAAGAUUUCAGAAUAGUCGAAAAACCAGAAGACCUUGCUGGAAUUAAACGAGAAUUUAAAGUUAACGAGUAUGUAGUGAAGGCACAAAUCCUGGCUGGAGGAAGAGGUCUUGGAGUAUUUGAUAACAAAUUCAAGGGUGGUGUUCAUCUUACCAAAAAGCCUGAGAAACUUGAUGAUAUGGUGCACAACAUGCUUCUACAUAGACUUAUAACUAAACAGACACCAAAAAAUGGAAUUUUGGUUAAAAAAUUGAUGAUUGCAGAGUCUGUUGAUAUCAAAAGAGAAACUUACUUCUGUUUAUUGCUUGACAGGCAGCACAAUGGGCCAGUAAUUAUAGCAUCUCCAGCUGGAGGAACUGACAUAGAAGACGUUGCCAAGAAAACUCCUGAACUUAUCAAAACCUUUCCCAUUGACAUCAUGGAAGGAUUGACAGAUAAAACUGCUGAUCAAGUUGCUACAUUCUUGGGUUUCAAGGGUGAUUUCCAUUCCAAGGCUGUUGCGGAGUUGAAGUAUUUGUGGGAUUUUUUCCUGAAAGUAGACGCCACUCAGUUGGAAAUCAAUCCGUUGGUCGAAACGGAGGCGAACACCGUGGUGUCCGUGGAUGCCAAGAUACAGUUUGAUGACAACGCCGCCUUCCGCCAGAAGGACAUUUUUCAACUGCAUGAAACUGGGGAGAUGGAUCCUCGGGAAAACGAAGCGCAAAAACAUAAUCUCAACUAUGUUGGUCUCGACGGAAAUAUUGGCUGUCUUGUUAAUGGCGCUGGCUUAGCUAUGGCCACCAUGGAUAUAAUAAAAUUGCAUGGAGGUGAACCUGCUAAUUUCUUGGAUGUAGGAGGUGGUGUAACUGAAGACCAGGUGCUACAUGCCUUCACUAUCCUUACUUCAGAUAGCAACGUUAAGUCGAUUCUGGUGAAUGUGUUCGGUGGAAUAGUAAAUUGCGCCAUCAUAGCUCAAGGAAUAAUCAAUGCUUCCAAAACCAUAAAACUGAAAGUUCCUUUGACUGUUCGUCUAGAAGGUACGAACGUUUCAGAAGGAAGGAGACUUCUGGAACAGUCGGGGUUGCCGAUUAAGUUUGCGCCCGAUUUAGAAGAGGCAGCCAAAUCAGCUGUUUCAAGCCUUAGUAGAACGUAACAGUUAGAACUUAGAACCAAUACAUUAACCCACCAACAACUCAGGAAAGUAUGUUGAAAUAUCAAUAAUUAUCAAUGCCUUAUAGUUGUUUAGUAUCGUUGACGAUUAUUGUUAUCAAUGCUGUUACGCUUUUCUAUUUUUUUAAUAAAUUGUUAAAUAAUGGAUAAUCUUAGUAAAAUUAUAAAAUGCCAAA